GAACUCAUUAAAUCGGCUUUCUUAACGGAUUAAAAAAUCUGCCAGUGGUCUGGCGCUCAAGUUUAUGGAGGAAUGAAACUCAAAGGUCUACGGAGCAAAGUUGAAAACGGGAUAAUUUGACUCAAGCCAUGGUGACUAAAGUAUCUUUGCGGCUUUCUGAAUGAACGCAUUGUGCAAUGGGGACUCAGAGAAACGGCUUCAGCAAACGAGAGACUUUCAUUCUCUCUGUUGAUGUGGGAACAACCUCAAUCAGGUGCCAUGUGUACGAUAAGAGCGCCAGUAUCAGGGGAUCCUGCUCCACGAAGGUGUCCCUACUUUAUCCUCAGCCUGGAUAUGUAGAGAUUGACCCUGAGGAUCUGUGGAAAGGGUUUGUGACUGUAGUCAAAGGAGCAGUUCAAGACUCAGGCUUACAGAUGUGCCAAAUGGAAAGUCUUGGCAUCUCAACCCAGAGGGCAACGUUCAUAACAUGGGACAGAAACACGGGAAAACCGUUUCAUAAUUUCAUCACCUGGCAGGACCUGAGGGCAGCCGAGUUGGUGAGAUCGUGGAACAGGUCCUGCGCUAUGAAG